AUCUCCGAAGCAUUAUCCGAAAACCCUUCAUCUAAAAUAGUUUUUCUUUGCUCUCCUGGAAACCCAACCGGUACCUGUUUGUCCCAUACUGCUAUAAAAGCAGUUUUGGAUGAUCCAAAUCUUAAAGGUGUCGUGGUCAUUGAUGAAGCAUAUAUAGAUUUCACAGAGGAAAAAGAAGGAGCUAGUGUUGCAAAAUGGGUAGAAAAAUACCCAAAUUUAAUAGUUAUGCAAACUUUGAGUAAAAGUUUUGGUUUGGCUGGGAUUAG